AUGAAAGUAGUAGCAGUUCUAUCCUUGACCGGUCUGGUCUCUGCCCAGGUCGCACCUUACGGACAAUGUGGUGGAAUCGGUUACUCUGGAACGGCACAGAUUCACAUGAUGUUCAUUCCCUCAACUGUUACAGCAUCAAGUGGUGGAACCACCACCACGCUCACCACAAAGGCUUCUACCACGUCGACAAGUACAACCAAGGCUAGUUCAACAACUACCAAGACCACUUCAACCACGACUUCUAGCACUGGGGGGACUGGUUUCCCUACCACGAAUGGGCUCAAAUUUGAGAUUGACGGCAAGACCAGCUACUUUGCAGGCUCCAACUCGUACUGGAUUGGGUUUCUUACAAAUAAUGACGAUGUCGAUACUGUGUUAGAUCACAUGAACGAAUCCGGACUUCGCAUCCUCCGAGUCUGGGGAUUCAACGAUGUUAACACCGUACCAUCGUCCGGGACUGUCUACUACCAGCUACUCUCCGGUGGAACGGCUACCAUCAAUACCGGCGCGGACGGCCUGCAGCGUUUGGACUACGUGGUUGCAUCUGCAGAGAAACGCAACGUUAAGCUUAUCAUCAACUUCGUCAACAACUGGUCUGACUAUGGUGGAAUGGCGGCGUAUGUUACAGCAUUUGGCGGAAGUCAGACCAGCUGGUACACGAAUACUGCAGCUCAGACAGCCUAUCGCACCUACAUUAAGGCAGUCGUAUCCCGGUACAUUGAUUCGCCUGCCGUAUUUGCUUGGGAACUAGCCAACGAGCCGCGUUGCAACGGUUGCAAUCCUUCGGUCCUUUACGACUGGAUUGUGUCUACCAGUGCUUACAUCAAGUCUCUGGAUUCGAAGCACAUGGUAGCUAUUGGUGAUGAGGGCUUUGGACUAGACGCUGGCUCUGAUGGCAGCUAUCCUUACUCUUAUGGCGAGGGGUUAAACUUCACCAUGAACCUGGACAUUGACACCAUUGAUUUUGCCACAUUCCAUCUCUAUCCAUCGAGCUGGGGCACUUCCAACGACUGGGGCAACGGGUGGAUCACGUCCCAUGGAGCCGCCUGCGCAGCUGCUGGCAAGCCAUGUCUGUUUGAGGAGUACGGUGUCACAUCGGACCACUGUACGAUUGAGGCACCAUGGCAAGCGACGGCGCUGUCGGCCACUGGUGUCGCGGCUGAUCUAUAUUGGCAGUAUGGAGACACCCUCAGUUACGGACAAUCGCCAAAUGACGGGAACACGUUCUAUUACGGAACCUCGGACUUUACUUGUCUGGUGACCGACCAUGUGGCAGCCAUUACUUCCUAG